AACUCAGUUCAUUUUAUUUGACAGAAAACGAUAGCAAAAUACUGUGAUGACAUUGAUAGUGAUGCAAUAACAAUGACAGCCUAAAAUUCUAUCGUUUAAUUAUAUUAUCAAGUAUUUUCAAAUAUUUCCUGCACAAAUUUUGAAGAAAAAUGGAGACAGGGUCCGUUUUUCUAUAUUCACCUCCAUUUAGACCUAUACCACUUUAUGGAGGUCAGAGACCCGCCUUCGACUUCUCAAGGUAUGGAGCACUGAAUCCAUCAUGGCCCGGCUUGUUCCCUCCGUCUCCAUGGAAACUGGGCGAUGUUGCCAAUCCCACAGGAGCACCUACGCCAAGUCAUCUUGCAGCGUACAAUUUAUACCUACAAGAACAUAUCAAAAGAUUGCAAGAAGCUACCUUUCCGAAAAUAUUUGAUGGCACAUCAACCGUGCAGCCUCCAAGAUUGAAUGGGUCUGCAUCCGGUGAAUCACAGAGAGAAGAGGAAAUUCGGAAAUCUCAUUUGACCUUGGUUUCUCCGACAAACAAUAAAGAGGUCAAAAGUCCCACUUUAUCCUCAUUUUCCGAUUCCUAUGGAUCGCAAUACAACUUGGGUAGGAAACUUUUCCCAUGUCCUCAGUGUAGGUAUACAACUGACCGCAGAAAUAACCUUAAACGCCACAUGCUUACAAUGCAUCAGACGUGUUCUAAGUUGUUAGAAUGUUGUGGAAUUUUAUUCAAUACCAAAGCUUCUUUACGAGAACACUCUAUGAUUUUCCACUAUCAUGGAUAUACAUGUUUUUAUUGCGGUCGAAGAUUCUGUAGAAAAGCUCUGCUGAAGCGUCACUUGUCCGUACACAAUGGACAGAAAGACUUUGUAUGCACUGUCUGUGAUUACGCAACUAGCCAUAAAAGCAAUUUAGAGCGCCACCGGAAGGUGCAUCUGCGUCAAGAUGACGCUUCAGACGAAGUCUCAAAUGAAAACGAGAUGGGGUCUGAAAUGGGCCCCUCUGACCCAGAAAAGGACGCAGAAUGUGAAAAACAUGAAGAUAUUGACGUUUCGGUUUGUUCUGACAGUGAGGACGAAGAAAUCAAUGUGCACACGGACUAACACACAGACAAAUAUGGGCAAGACGUAUUGUUUUCUAUAGUUGUUGAUUUUUGUCACAAAUUCUUAUAUAUUGACUGUUGUAAGGUAAACACAUUUCCUUAUUACACAUUUUG